UUUUUAGUAAGUGUAUAACGUCCAACACGAUAGGUUGAGAACUUAAUCGAGUUGCAUAAAAAAAAAAUCAGUAAACAUGAAUAUGAAAAUUUUGUUCCUCUUUGUUGCAUUAUUGUGCAUUAUUCAGUUCACACAAGCUGACUUUAUGGAUGACGUGAAAGAUGUUUGGAAAAGCUCAGUGAAAGGAGUCAAAAACACAUUCUCAUCUGUUGGAGAUUGGUUCUCUGACAAAUCCGAUGACACAAAGGACGCUGCUUCUGACUUGUACGACGACGCAAAGUCAACUAUAAAGGAUAUUUCAAAGAAGAUCAGUUAAGCAUACCAAAAAACGUUUUUUAUUUUGUGUACCUUUAAAUUUGUUUAAAUUAAUAAUAAAGAGUAAAUGAUAUUUUUAAGUGAACAAAGA